CAAGACUCCCAACUUCGCAGUUCUCUUGGAAUUGUCAGAGUCUCUCCCUGCUCCACUUCAAAUUUCCCUGUGCCUUCUGCCGCUGGGGAAGAGCCGCAUCUUCAGCUGAGGUCUUGCAAGUUUUCGGGGGGCUGAGACGGGUGAUUCUCAGAAUAUGGCUCUCUCGCAGUGGUCCUCAAGUGCAUCUGCGCACUCCUCAGCAUUGCUCCAGCUGAGGACAAGGUCGCACGCGGAGGCGAGCUGCUCGAUGGUGGCGGCGACGAGAAGCUGCAGUUGUCCCGUUCUCUCUUCUAGACUUUCUGGAACAACUGUUCCGUCCAGACAGGAAGGGGUGUUCCAAAAGCUGCCAUGUAGAUCAAGCAAUUCGAACACUCUUUUACACACCAGCUUCCUUGGCGAAAAAAUAAUCUCAACAAGACAAAACGCCUGCAGCAGCAUUGAUACAAAUCAGCCGCUUCGUCGAAAUCAUUCCCCGUCAAGAGGGUAUUCACACCACUCCAAGAUCUCCGCCUCAGCUUCUACCACCCUCCCCACAAUCUCUCUCCGCAAUUACAGCCCCGAGCCCUUUGUGCGCAUCAGCGAGUGCCUCGUCCUUUCUCCCACGGCGGCCAACCCCAGAACCCAGAACCCCAAACCCCGUGGCAUCAUUGCAUUCUUUGGCGGGGCAUUCGUCGGCGCGGUGCCAGAUUUCACAUACAGGUUUCUGCUAACCCAGCUGGCAGCUGCGGGUUAUCUGGUAGUCGCGGUGCCCUACCAGCUAACCUUUGACCAUAAGCAGGCAGCCGAGAUUGUAGAGCGCAAGUUCCAGAAUUGUCUGGAGACGUUGUACGUGCAAGGGGGCCUGGGACUUGCGGGAGUACCGGGGUCGACGGGGUCAGAGUUGAAGGAACUGCCGUUGUUUGGCAUGGGCCACAGCAAUGGAGCUCUGCUCCACAUGCUGACCAACAGUUUAUAUGCGGAAGGGGUCCGUCCAAAAGCAAACGUCAUCAUGUCAUUCAACAACAAGCCCGCGAGCGAGGCUGUGCCCUACUUCGACCAGGUCGGUCCCGCCGUCGCCCAGUUGGCGCCGGUCCUCCGGGGAUCCCCCUUCCAGGGCCUCGCAGAGGCUUUCGCCUCUGAAGCCACCCGGUUUGCGGCCUCGACCGACCUCCCAAUUCCGGGGCUCCCUCGGGAGAACCUCGGUCCACUCCUCGAAAUCGCGCAGCAGAUCGCGCCCGUGAUUGGGCAGAUUACCGACGGGGUCUCGGAAUUUCGGCCGACGCCGAACGAGACGCGGGCGAUUGCGGCGGGUGGUUACUAUGUGCCGUCUACCCUGCUGAUAAAGUUUACGGACGAUGGGAUAGACGAGACCGAGACCCUGGCCGCCGCGAUUCGGACGGGGGUCCAAAGCCGGGGGGGCGCUCUGCGGAUCCAGGACUUGACGGGGAACCACGUGACCCCCCUGAUCCAAGAAGUGAAGUGGGAGAUCGGAAAUGUGUACACUCCUCUCGAUGCGGUUAGGCAGACGGUGCAGACUGCGGCGUUGGCUGAUACCCGGCGGUUAGUGUCGGCUAUUGUGUCCUUUCUCGACAGCAAUAUUUAGAUCUCAACCAAGUUUUCCUUCACGAUUCCAUUUCGCAUCCGUCACAUCCAUCUCCCAUGUGCUCGCGAAUAGGGAUUAUGGCCAUCGGUUGGAAUCUACGGAUGCAACGGGGGCGGCCGCCG